AUGAAGUCCGUUGCCAGUUUGGUCUUGUUCUCCUCGUUAGGUCUGGCCCUGCCUAUCUAUGAAAGUACCUUAAUAAAGGGUACGAGGACGAUAGAGGGUCUGGACCCUCUCCAAAAUGAUGUCACUCAGACAAGGACAGAGCACUUGAUCCUAAGUCAAGGGCAGACAUCAUGGCAAGAUAUGGAACCAAGUCCAGCAUCAAGAUCAGAAUACCCAGGACCGAGUUUCCAGGAUUACGACCAAGAUCGACAGGAACAGGAACUCGCCUUCAUUCGAUCCAAUGAGAAGGAGUUUAAUCUCCCAGCCAGAAUCUCGAAAUCAUUUCCCACUUCUACAAAACAAGCUGAGCGAGGACCACUGGAACUGUCGAAAUCCACACAACCGAAAACUUCCUCGUACGGCGUCUUCCUGGGGAAAUGGUUACCAUUCAAGAAACCUUACUCGGAAAAACACUGCCAUCGCACUCACUAUGAUCCCAAUACCAUGUCCGAUUCAAACCCUUCACAACCGGAUUCUCAUACCCUCGCAUAUCUCAAACCCCUGGAUGUUUUAGACGUGAUGGAAAGUUAUGGUCCCGAAUGCGUGGGUCUAGCCAUCUUCGUCCUUGUUCCAAUCGCAUACUUUGUUCUUGAACUGUUAGAACUUGCGAUCAAGUACUUUAUUCGUGAGAGGUUUCCAGAGCGAGGGCGGGAUCGAGUUCGUCUGCUUGGUCCGGAGAGACAGUUAAGGGCCUUGGAUGAUCUUCAGAGAGAGAAGACCGUUGGCGAUGAAAGAUGGUGGUAUGUGCGGCAGCCGAGGGGAUGA